GCAGGGGGAGGCUGUGUAACGUGAGCCCUGAUGAAAACUCUGCGCCUGAUCCCACUCCCAGCGCACAUGCUGCGUUGUGGAGAGGAGGCGCACGAUGGAUCCUCUGUUGCUCAUCGUACUCACAAGUCUGCCCCUGAGCGCGGCGGUCUAUGACGGACCUCUGCAAGCCGAGAUCUCCAACGGCACUUUCCAUCACUUCUACGUCCCGGACGGCGACUACGAUGACACAGAAGACCCUGAAAAGUGCCAGAUGGUCUUCAGAUUCUCGGACGGCUCCCCGUGCUCCGUGGCCGAGGAGGAGAGUGACGCGCUGGUGCGGGAGGAGCUGAUCCUCGCCCGGCUUCAGGCGGAGGAUUCGGCGCGGCUACUAGAGAGCAUCGGGCGGGUGGUAGCCAACGACCUGGACGGAGAGGACACCUACGGCCGCUUCCUCCGGAGAGAGAUAUCCCAGAUCACAGAGGCUUUCUCCGGUGUGGACAAGUCUCUGGAGGAGCUGGAGGUGAAGUUCAAGCAGAGCCAAGAGAGCGAGCUGAAGGAGGAACAACAACUUAGCGGCUUCGUGCUCAAGCAAGUGGGGGACGUCAGAGACAGCCUGAGGGACACGAAGGACAUCUCCCUGGGGCUGAGGGACAAACAGGAACUUCUGUCUCUCAUCGUUCGCAGUCACGGGAGUAGAUUGAGUCGCCUUAAAACAGAAUAUCUUAAUCCAGGAUCAUAGUCCCUUCAUAUCAUUGGGAAGCAUUCGUCUGUAAAGUUUCUGGAGAUGUGUCAUUCAAUGGGACCAGCACGCGUAUCAGCGCAUUCCUCUGAGCCGAGAGGCAGGCUAAGGAAAUCAGUGUGGUGUAUAUUGAUUUCCGCAAGUUGUAAAGGCCCAGGGGUCAUAAGAAUCAGUACAUUGUUAAGUUUUUAUAUGGACAAAGCUAUCAGACCCAUUUAAAAUAACAAACUGGACUUUAAUAUUUCCGGAUCUCUUUAAGACACUCGAGCACAAUCUGAGCUUUCUUUGCAUGCUUCUCUGAUGAAUGGACAUGUCAUCAACAGUGCAUGCUUUUCUUGAAUGUACUUUAUUUUUAGCAUCCCAAAAGACAAGUGAGAUCUAUGGGGUUAUAAAGAUGCUCAAUACAGGUCAUAAAA